GAACUUAUGUAUCUACUUUGGGCGGCGGGAUCGGCCGAACAGACCAAAGAAACGAUCGCCAGGACCAAACGGCAAUUCGACGCCAAGUAUCUGGUCUUCCCUGAAGGAAGCAACGUUCAACUGGUAUACUGCCUGACAAUAAGCACAUACGCAAAACCCUCGGGAUUCUCCACCGUCGGGAUCACCGCAGGCCAGGCAUGGGAGCUGCCCAGCGAGAGUAUGCUAUCGCGAUAUCCUUCGGACGUGUAUCAUCGUCGAAGCAGAAGAGAACUUUAUCGCAAAAUGGAGCUGCUGCUGGGAACCCAAGGCAGAGAUGGAAAGGCUUGCGUUCUCAGGACAAUCUGCAGGAUCGCUAGGUGGAAUCGAACGAGAACGGACAAAGGGACCUUCUUGGAGGAGAUUAUGCGUGUCGUGUUCUCAUUGCCCGGCGAGCUGCGGGACGCAGACACCGUGACCGAGUACGAGCUGGCGUACUACCGGCAAGAGAAUUGCGACGUAAUGGAAGACAGGUGUCCGGGCGGCUUCUGAACCGACAGAAUCGUUCUUCUUAAUUCUAGGGAUGAACGGGAGGAGGCAUGCGAGAGGAUACCUCGAAAGUACUCCGGUUACGUUCGAUUAGGACGACCGCGUCGCGUCGUGUUGCUUCGACGAUGGUGCUCUAUCUACUUGUUGUUUGAUUAAAAUGCUGCUUCUGUUUGGAAAUGUAAAUAAUAGACGGGUCUAUCGUUUCUUUCGGUUUUCUCUUCGCGAAGUUAACGGGCAAGAAUUCACUACUGCAUGAGCAAUAGCUUCAACGUGAACGAAGUUGUC